AUGGGCUUAGAAGACUGGUUACCAUUGAACAAGCUAAAGAGAGCUGUGAAGAAAGUGAGAUUUCUAUUAAACUUGGAUGUUAAUCGAUGGAGGAUUGCUUCGAUUAUCGGUAGAACGAGCCAGCGGCGAUUGAGCUUCAACGAUCGGCCUGGUUUGCAGACGAUAAACAACGACGAAAUCGAUACAGAAGAAGUGAUUGGAAUUUCUCCAAGAAGGGCACUUCAAAGGACAAUGAGCUCUCCCUCUCCAAGGUCAUCUGAUGAAGAUAUUGAUAAGAACGCAGAUUUGUUUAUUGAGAAUUUCUAUAAUCGACUUCGGAUGCUGGAAAGGCAGGUUUCAUUGAAUCUAAGAUAUUGCAGAACAGAUAGCUUGGAAAGCAAUGGAUCGGAUUCGUAA